AUGAAAGUGGAAACAAUCCCUGAUAAAAGAAUGGAAAGUAGUGUAAAUCAUAUAUACCAAAGUGUACAAAACCAAAUGGGAGAAUUGGCAAGAAUGUCUUCUCUAUUGGAAAUUUAUCCUGGCAAAGAGUUUGACCAAAAAUCUUACGAAUCAAUUCUAUCCGAGUUAAUUAGAUCAACAAAAAAUAGUAUUACUGAACUCAGUGAAUGCAACCAAGUUUUGGUAAAUCAGUUUUUAAUGGCGAAGCAACAACAAUUGUUUAGACCUCAUUCAAAAAUAUUUGUUUUUGGAGGUGUUAGUGAAAAUGAACAUUUGAAAUCAGGUAAUAUCUAUGAUAUUCGAACAAAUGUUUGGUCACAGGUGGUAUCAAUGGAUUUAAAACGUGCAUGUCUAUUAUCAUCGAUUGUAUAUGCUCUUGGAAGCAUCUAUAUUUUCGGUGGAAACGAUAUUUUGGAUUGUUUGGAAAAAUACAAUGUUGAAACCAAUCAAAUGAUGCGAAUUCCUAUUCAAACAUGUGGAGGUUCUAGCAUUGCAACUUGUUAUAAUGGGCAAGAGAUAGUCUAUCUGGUAGGUGGCUAUAAGAAUAAGACAAUGGAUAGAAUCGAUGCUUUCAAUAUUAGAACCAACGAAACUAUAGAAAUAGGUAAAUUAAAUAUGCCACGAUACUAUGCUUUUAGUUUCUUCCAUUACAAUAUGAUCUAUACGAUCGGUGGGACCUAUAAAAAUGGGACCACCAAUUAUACUUUGGUCAAUUCUUUGGAGAGAUUCAAUAUUAAUACAAGAAGAUCAGAGACUAUUUUGAGCUUAGAGUUGUCAGAAAGAAUCGAAGGUGCUUGUUUUGAUGGAAACGAUACAAUCUACAUUAUGACAAAUAAACAAUUCCUUAAAGUAUCUUUGAUUUCAUUGGAAAUGAUGAUUUUACCAGAUGUACAAAUGAUUGGAAAAUAUGGAGUUUCUUUAGUCUAUACAAAAUUGGAAGAUGGUCAAUCAAGAAUUUAUCUCUUUGGAGGAAAAAAUCAACAGGAUCAUUAUUUUGAUGUUUCAAAUAGAAGAUGGAAGUCAAUCAAUGGAAAGACAAAGAGAACAAUUUUUCAAGGUGCAGUAGCUGUUUAA